GGAUUCUGAUGUCUAUCGGUUUCGUCUGCAAAUGCACGACCGUGUUCACCUAACUACCAAGCAAUCCACCAGAAUAGAACAGAACACACAAAGCUUCGCACGUGUAUUUGCGAGUUCUUCAUGCCUCUUUAGUUCAUACAUACAUACAUACACACCCGUUAUUGAAAUUCCAAAGAUUUUCUAUGUCCCAUCAGUUGGAGCUUGAGCUAACAUUCAGUGUGGCGCCGCCUGUUCUAGUUUCUUGGGUUGCCCCCAACUAAAGUAAAACUAAACUACAUAUUCCCAAGCAAAGCAACCACCUUUAGUACUAGUGUUUCUUGGUUUGUUAGCUUUUAGUGAGCUCAGCUGUACGAGGAGCAAUAUUAUCAAUGGCCUCCGAUCCCGAGCAACCGCCGCGUUCUUCUCUCCAUGAGGUUCAGAAUUCAGGCGAUGUUCAGAUGCCUCUUCUUAAUGGCGGCCAAUUUUCAGACAACUAUUCUGUUCUUGCCGCAGUACUCCCGUUUCUGUUCCCAGCUCUUGGAGGACUACUGUAUGGCUAUGAUAUUGGUGCCACGUCUUGUGCAACAAUAUCGGUAGAGUCGGCCACAUUAAGUGGAGUAUCAUGGUACGACUUGUCAUCUGUGGAAAUUGGUCUUAUAACCAGUGGCUCAUUAUAUGGUGCCUUGAUUGGCUCUGUGCUGGCCUUCAACAUUGCUGACAUCAUAGGAAGGAGGUGGGAGCUGAUUUCGUCUGCUAUAGUCUAUCUUAUUGGGGCAAUAGUAACAGCACUAGCACCUGACUUGCCUAUUAUGGUGAUUGGGCGCGUUGUAUUUGGUAUAGGAAUUGGACUGGCAAUGCAUGCUGCUCCCAUGUAUAUUGCUGAGACAGCUCCAAGUCAGAUACGAGGUCGACUAAUAUCACUUAAAGAAUUCUUUAUAGUACUCGGAAUGGUUGCAGGUUAUGGAAUUGGUAGUCUUUUAGUGAGUAUAGUUGGUGGUUGGCGGUAUAUGUAUGGAGCUAGUGUCCCUCUGGCAGUAAUUAUGGGAAUUGGAAUGUGGUGGCUACCAGAGUCACCUAGAUGGAUCCUUCUACGCGCCAUUCAAGGAAAAGGAAAUAUGAAUGAUUUGAAACAAAAUGCAAUCAGUUGUUUGUUCCGGCUUAGGGGUACAAUUAUUGGUGAUUCAGCUCCUGCACUAGUAGACGAGAUGCUUGAUGAACUUUCUUAUGUUGGUGAAGAGAAGGAAGCUACAUUCUUAGAGAUGUUUCAUGGAAAAUGCAAGAAAGCCCUCGUGAUCGGUGCAGGGUUGGUGUUGUUCCAACAGAUCACAGGGCAACCAAGUGUGCUGUAUUAUGCUGCAUCAAUUUUCCAGAGUGCAGGAUUCUCAGCGGCAUCUGACGCAACACGCGUCUCAAUAGUACUUGGGUUAUUCAAGUUGGUAAUGACUGGAGUAGCUGUGCUUGUUGUGGAUAGACUUGGGAGGAGACCUCUACUGCUUACAGGUGUUUCUGGGAUGGUCAUCUCUUUAUUCCUCUUGGGGUCAUAUUACCUCUUCUUUGAUGAUACACCAGCCGUAGCUGUAAUUGCACUGCUGGCAUAUGUUGGGUGUUAUCAGUUCUCCUUUGGUCCCAUUGGUUGGCUCAUGAUAUCAGAAAUAUUUCCCUUGCGAUUAAGAGGACGUGGACUUAGCAUAGCAGUGCUUGUGAAUUUUGCUGCGAAUGCGCUGGUGACAUUUUCAUUUUCCCCUCUAGAGGCAUGGCUGGGAGCUGGAAUAGUGUUUUAUAUAUUUGGAGCAAUAGCCGUGGCAUCUCUUGUUUUCAUUUUCUUCAUUGUCCCAGAGACAAAAGGGCUUACUCUUGAAGAAAUCGAGACCAAAUGCAUUUAGGAAUUAUCCUUCAACAAUUCGACAUAGUUGUCUGGUUUCAUGUAUGCAGGGAUAUACAUUUUUCUCAUAUCCAGCGCUAUACGAGUACCGUAGGACUGUCAGGUGUUGUAUACUAGCACAGUAUCUCAUGUUGCUGUACCAUUAUCUUCAUGUCGACUAUGUAUUCUACUCUCCUAACUAGGAUGUGUAUUCUUUAAUAGGAUAUAGGAAAUAAACAUUUGGCUGCAUUUAUAUGUUUUUGUACUUCACUGAAAUUGAAAAUUUGAGAUAUGUGGCAAACGCAUUUGUAUGUUAUUGUAUGAAUCGUAUUCCAAAUUUCCAAUACACUAAG